GAGAGCUCAAAGUGCUUUGGACUGAGCUCUGCGGCUGAUUCUUUGGGAUUCAGAAGAAAUAUGAGAAGAUACCUUCAUAUCCGUGUCCUUUCCCAACCUCCACCACUUUUGCAGAGUUUCUAACAUGGAUCAAGAUGAAGCAUCAAAAAGACCGGAUGAUGCAGAAGAUGAUGACUAUUAUGACGAAGAUGAAUUCCUAUCAGAUGAAGAGGAAUCUGAAGAAACCUCUGGAAAUGAAACUGCUAUAGAACAAUCUGAAUAUUCCGAAGGUCCUUUCUUUGAAGAAGAAGAAGAACCAAGUGAAGAGCCAGUGAAGAAAAUUUCAGAGAACUUCUUCUAUGAUUAUAGUGAGGUGGCUUCGAUUCCUUUUGUGACCCCAGACUCUGGCAUACCGUUAAACCUCCUUACGAUGAUACAUUCCUUUGGUUAUGAUUCCAUCAAACGGUCCAAUCUUCAUCUUCUAGACAGCCAAACCCUCAUCUAUGUAGCUGGCAACCAGAUAGUCUUCUUGGAUCUGAGAACCCAGGAGCAGAGUUACCUCCGGAGCAGCAGUGGUGGAGGAAUCGGUGCUAUUGCGAUUCACCCAGAAAAAACAUACUUUGCAGUAGCUGAGAAAGGAUUCUAUCCAAAUGUUGUCAUCUAUGAUUUUCCUGCUGUGAGGCCCUACAGAAUCCUCAGAGGAGGGACUGAUGAAGCCUAUGCCUUUGCAAGUUUUAAUUUUCUUGGUUCGUUGCUGGCUACUGUGGGUGGCUACCCUGAUUACACAAUAACGGUCUGGAAUUGGAAAGACGAACAGCCUAUGCUGAGGACCAAAGCAUUUUCCCAGGAUAUUUUUAAGGUCACCUUCAACCCUGAAAAUGAAGAGCAACUUACCACAGCAGGAUCAGGUCACAUCAAGUUCUGGUUAAUGGCCUUAACAUUCACUGGCCUUAAACUACAAGGAUUUUUGGGUAGAUUUGGCAAAACAGCAGUGACUGAUAUAGAAGGUUAUAUAGAACUGCCUGAUGGGAAAGUACUCUCAGGAUCAGAGUGGGGCAACUUGCUGCUCUGGGAGGGGGGCCUCAUCAAGGUAGAGCUUUGUCGACACGCACGAAGAACCUGCCAUAUUGGGCCCAUUAACCAGAUAAUGCUGGAUGAAGGAGAAGUCAUCACAGCUGGAGAAGAUGGAUGCAUUAGGAUAUGGGACUUUGAGACAAUAGAUACUGCUGAUGCAAUCGAUGAGUCUGAAAUGAUAGAGAUGGAGCCUAUUAAUGAAAUGCAAGUAGGCAAGAAUGUGAAGCUCUACUCCAUGGUGAAAAUAUUUAAACCUGGGAAUUCUAUCUGGUAUGCUCAGGAUGGAAAUGGGGCUAUAUGGAAGCUGGAUCUUAGUUUUUCAAACAUAACCCAUGAUCCAGAAUGCCUGUUUUCUUUCCAUACUGGACCUAUCACGGCCAUGGUUGUUUCUCCCUUCACCUAUCUCAUGGCCACUACAUCCCAUGACUGCUCAGUACGCAUCUUUGACUUUGCUGCUAAACUUUUUUUGACCCACAUGGAUUUCAAAGAAGGAGGAACAGCUCUCGUCUGGGCCCCCCGAGUGGUGAGCUACAGAGGAGGACUCAUUGUUGUAGGGUUUGAAGAUGGGGUCAUUCGCCUUCUCGAACUUUUCGAUCCCAAGGGCCUCAUCAUCUUUGCUGGGAGGAGGAAGGUGAAGGAUGCACAGCUUCGGCUGAGACAGGCUCUUAAACCUCAUACGGCCGCUGUUACAGCAAUAGCAUAUGAGCAGAAUGGAGAGGUCCUGGCCACAGGGAGUAAAGACAAAACUGUUUUCUUCUUUGUUGUGGGUAAACAGUAUGAGCCAAUUGGUUAUAUUAAUGUUCCUGGGCCUGUUACACAGUUAACAUGGACUCCAAAAUCUCAUGAUAACAGUUUUCUCUUGAUUAUCUGUGAAAAUGGCUAUGUUCUUCAAGUUCCCAUUCCACAAGUCAAGGAAACAGAGACUCUACCGACCUUUGAAAUCAAAGAUUUGCCUAUAAAAUGUUUUCAUUUCAUGAGCAUCAAAUCAAGGAUCCUGAGGGACAUAGAGAUUGAACGCAGAAGAAAAAGGAAGGAAGAGAAGGAGAAGGAGAAGGAAGAAAGGAGAAAGCUGCGACUUCAAAUGAUGAAAGACUUGCACGAAUCAGAAGGAGAAGAGGAAGAAGAGGAAAUGCUUGAGGAAGAGGAGGAGGAAGAGGAAGAGGAGCCCUUGCCUGAAAUUUUUAUUCCAGAGAAACCUUGUCCUAUCCUCUGUGGAUUUUACUCUGCACCAGAGAAAUUCUGGAUUUCUCUGGGUGGAUAUGAUUCUGGUUUUCUCUAUCACUGUAAGUUUCCAUCUAAAAAAGCGAAAACAAUGGAGGAGCAGCAAGAUGAGCCCUAUGCUUUUCACUUUGUAGAAGAUACAGAUAACAACCCCAUCCGAGUUAUCAGUUUCAGUCUUACCAAAAUGAUGAUGUUUUGUGGAAUGCAAGAUGGAAAGAUUAGAGUUUAUGUCCUGCAAGAUAAAAGCCUUGAACUGAACGAUAUGCAAAACUACUGGAGCUACAGUGUCCAUGACAACAAUUAUGGACAGAUCCAGGCCAUUUGUCCUAGCUAUGAUGACCGUUUUGUGGUGACUGCUGGGGCAGAUAGCAAUAUCUUUGUCUUUAAUAUCUUGUCCGAAGAGGAACUUGAGGAAGGUCUUAAAGCCACAGUGCCUCCUCCCAGGAUUGGUAUUGAAACAGAGAAACGAGCAGAAGAUAUUGAAGAUCCAAAUGCCUAUAGCAUUGAGGGUGCCAGGCUAAAAAGAGAACAUGACCAAAUCAUGAAAGAAGUGGAGGAAAUAAAGGCACAAAAGAGGGAGAAACUGAAGGAUUUAAGGAAUGAGUUCAAUAAGUUACUGGUGAAGAAUUCUGAGUUACCAGAGCACAUGCAGCUUCACCGGAAGGAGUUUGAUGUAGAUACCAAAGUCCGAGAAGAGACUGAACGAAAGACAGUCAAGAAAAUCAAGCAGGUGGAGAAGGAACUUGCAUGGGAAAAAGAGAAACAUAGAAUUGCCCUGCUGAAAUUACAGCGAAGGUUUCGAGAUUCAUUAGAAUUUGACACCGUUAUAGUCCAUGCUAUACAGACGGAGCACAAAAUUUCCACAUAUCGGCUUUUGAAACUCUCAGGGAAGUACACCAAAGCAAGACGACUGAGCCAAACGGAAAGAAGAGCAAGCAAGUUUGAUUGGAAAGAAAAAGAAGUACCUACCAAGAGAGAGAGCCAAAAAGAAGCAGUUACAGUCACUACUGGACCAGAAGAGAUAUUUGCAGAAAAGGAAAAGAAAAGUCGACCGAGGACCCUAAGCGAGAUGAUGGUGGAAAACCAGAUUGAUAAAAUGAGGAAAAUUAUGAUAAAAGCUGAAAAAGCCCAAAAUAAGAUCUUGCAGAGGAGAAAAGAAUGGGAGGAACUAUACAAAAGUAAACCCGAGGAUGACUAUGAGGAUCCCAAAGAUGUGCAGGCUAUUAAAGAAGCUCAGAAUAAUAUGGGUGACUUCAACCUCAAGACUGCCCCAGACUACAAGAUCCCUGAACAAAUGCGCAUAAAUGCUGCCAAGAAGGAGGAGGAAAUUGGGAUUCUAGAAGCAAUGGCUCAUGAAAAGAAGUUUAAUAUGAACAAGUGCAUCAUCUCCCUUCGAGACCAGAAAAUUGCUGUUAUUGAAGAGAUCCAGUGUCUGGUACAAGAGCUGAAAACCAUUCAUGCCAUCUUGCCUGAAGAUAAACAUCUUCCCAUUCCUGAGGUGCCUCAAUUACAGCCUGAGGAGGUGCCAGAAAAAAAAUACCAGUAUGAUGAAGAAAUUCUUUUGGAGUUUAAGCAAGAGCAGGAGAAGAAAGUUCAGGAGCAACAGCCCAAGGGAUCAGAGGAAGCAUUUGUAGGCUUUGGUCCAGGGAUGGUUAAAACUUCUCUUAAGGAAGGGGAGUUGGUAAGGCAAGAUUCGAAGAUAGCAAAAAUUCCCAUGGUGAUUCUCCCAGAAGUUCCAAAGCCAGUGGAGUUUCCAAAGACAGAACCAACUGACGUGGAAAUAGAGAUCAUGAAGAGGGAAGAGAUCAGGAACAUGUACAUGCAGCAACACGUGAUCGACAGGAUCAGAGAACUCGUUAUUACAUUUGAUGCAGAAUUUCGUCUCCUGAGGCACCAGAAACUUCAAUUAGAUAUUCAGAUGAAGUUAGCUGACCUACACCAUGUCACAUUAUUUCAAGAAAUGCUUCUCCUCAAGAACUUUGAAAAACAAGAGAACAUACUUCAAGAACGUGUCAAUUCAUUGGACAGAGAGCAACAGGACAUGAAAUGGAGAAUAAAUGAAAAUCUUGGGGAGGUGGAAGACAGAAAGAAUGAAAUUAACAGGCUUCAAGAGCAAGAAAAGGCAAUUUAUACCAACUUCCAGGCAACUCUUGGAGAAAAUAACAAAUUUGCAAAUUUCCUCAUGAAAAUGUUGAAGAAGAAUAUUAAGCGUGUAAAGAAAAAGGAGGUGGAAGGAGAGGAGGAAGAGGAUGAGAGUAGCAAAGAAGAUAGUGAUGAAGAGUCCAGCUUGGAGAGUGGUGAGGAGGAAUCAGAAUCAGAGGAUGAAGCCUUUGAUGAAAGUAUGGGGUUAGCAAAUUGUGACCCAGCUCUUUAUGAAAUGACUCUUCAGCUUCGAGAGAAAAGGCUGGACAUUGAAGAAGCCUUAAGUGAUGAGAAGAAAGCGCUUGAUAAUCUCAGAAAGGAGUAUGAUGCAAUGGGCAAAAAAGUCAAAGUAGUGGCUGCCAAUUUGGAAACAGCAGAGGAGGCACUUGAGGCUUAUCAGCGGGAGAAGCAGCAGAGACUGAAUGAACUCCUUGUGGUGAUACCUCUAAAGUUACAUCAGAUAGAAUGUGUGGAACUUGGAGAAAUACCCAAUGACCUCUCCAAUGCUUUGGUAUUUUCUAAUUCUUCCCUGCAACAUCUGCAAGAAAGAAUCAUACAGCUACAAGAAGAGAAUGUAGAACAGCAAGAACUCAACAGAGAAUGCCGGGAACGGCGUAAAAAGCUUGUUUUUGAAAAGAGAGAGAUGGCCAAAAAGAUCAAAAAAAUGAAGGAGAUGGUCACUCAGCUGAUGAUCAACAAAUUUGGGAAGGAGAUAGACCUGGAAGCCCUUCAGACCCUCUCCAUUAAUAAAAAACUUGAAGAACUGAGGAUCAAGAAAAUGAAGAAAGAACUGUCAAAUGCAAAGGAGAUAAGGGGCUGGGAGGAUAAGAUUUCUCAGGUGCGAUGGGACCUUAUGGUGAAGACAAAAGAACACACAAAGAAACUUCAGCAAAUGAACGAGUUAUGUCGAAAGCAGAAGCUCGAAAACCGUUUGAAUACACUUCAGACUCAGCAGGGUAAUGCCUUCCAGGGCCCUCGGAAAGCAGACAUUGUGGCCAGAGAGAAGAUCACUGAACUGAUUCAGAUCCAGGCUGAAAAAAUUCUAGCUUUGAAGGAAGAAAUUGCUAUCUUGCGCAGGAAAGGCGGUCUCAUCCUCCCACCAAUUAAUAAUACUCACUAAAUGGAAAUGCACCUUAU